AUGGCGCAGCAAGGAGUUCAACUGGACCGAAAGACCUUCUGCUGUUUAUUCUGUCAGGAUCUACUGAAGGAUCCGCCUCAUUAUGAAUCGCCUGCUUUUGAAAAGCACAAGCUGGUGGAGCCCUCCAAGAAUCUCUGGGAGAACAUCUGCUCUCGUCAUCAAGAUGAGGUGAUGAAGAUGCUCUGCUGUACUCACCAGCAGGGUAUCUGCUCUCCAGAUGAACAUUUAAAGCUCAAGCUGAGUCGACUCAACAUCCAGCAGAGGAUCCAGGACAGAGAGAAAGAUGUGAAGCUGCUCCAACAGGAGGUGGAGGCUGUCAAUCGCUCUGCUGAUAAAGCAGUGGAGGACAGUGAGAAGAUCUUCACCGAGCUGAUCCGUCUCAUGGAGAAAAGAAGCUGUGAUGUGAAGCAGCAGGUCAGAUCCCAGCAGAAAAGUGAAGUGAGUCGAGUCAAAGAGCUUCAGGAGAAGCUGGAGCAGGAGAUCACUGAACUGAAGAGAAGAGACGCUGAGCUGAAGCUGCUGUCACACACAGAGGAUCAAAACCAGUUUCUACACAGCUACCCUUCUCUGUCACCGCUCAGUGAGCCUACAUCCAGCAUUGAUAUCCGUCCUCUGCGCUACUUUGAGGACGUGACGGUAGCUGUGUCAGAAGUCAUAGAUAAACUACAGGACGUUCUGAGUGAGAAAUGGACAAACAUCUCACAGACAGUGACUGAAGUGGAUGUUUUACUGUCAAAUUCACAAGCAGAGCCCAAGACCAGAGCUGGAUUCUUAAAAUAUUCCCGAGAAAUCACACUGGAUCCAAAUACAGCACACACAGUGGUGUUAUUAUCUGAGGGGAACAGAAAAGCAACAUCAACAGAUCAAAAUCAGAAAUAUUCUAGUCACCCGGACAGAUUCACUGUAUGGGGUCAGGUCCUGAGUAGAGAGAGCUUGACUGGACGUUGUUACUGGGAGGUGGAGUGGCAAGGAAAUGGAGUUCUUAUAGCAGUCGCAUACAAGAACAACCGCAGAGAAGGUGGCUGGAAUGAAUGUGGAUUUGGACACAAUGACAAAUCUUGGACAUUUAGAUUUGACAGAGACCGUUAUGCAUUUUGGUACAACAAUGUUAAAACUCCUGUCUCAGGUCCUCUGUCCUCCAGAAUAGGAGUGUACUUGGAUCACAGUGCAGGGUAUAAUACAAAGCUGAUGGAGAAAAUGUAA